AUGUACCUACUAAAUAUCUUGCUGAUAAUUUGUGUCGCCACUGCGCCGCAGAUUUCAGCCAAACGCUAUUACGACUUAGAAGACGCCGAGAAUCUGUUCAAAGAGUACAUCAAAAAACAUGGGAAAGCAUACAGCCCUGAAGAAUACCUGACGCGACUCGAUAUUUUCAAGGAGAGUUUAAAGGAAAUCAACGAUCGCAACGCCAGGCACCCGGAAGAGUAUGGAAUCACUCGUUUCGCAGAUAUGACAGAUGCGGAGAGACAAAGCGGCAUGGGUGGUAUGCCAUGGGAGACGCUUGAUAUGAUGACAACGGUGGUGUAUCCUCCUGAAGCUAUCACGGCUCCUGAGCAGUGGGACUGGCGGGACCAGGGGGCAGUGGUACCUGGCGUAAUAGAAGAAAUCAAUAAGGGGGAUUAUUGGAAUCAUAUUAUUACCGCUACGGGGAAUAUUGAAGGGCAAUAUGCUAUAAAACAUAAGCAGUGUCUUGAUCUUUCUGAACAACAGAGUAAAGACUGCAUGCCGCUGGGGUGGUACCCUCAUGACGUUAUGCGAUACUAUGAGGGAUACGGCGAACACAAAAAGCAUAUAACGUUAGAAAAAGAGUAUCCUUUUAAGGGGAAGCAAGGACCUUGUUUGGAAAGGAUGAAGAUGACACCAGUUACCAGUGUUACCUCGUUCAAGGUGUUCAACGCUUCUGAAGAAUCUUUGAAACAAAUUUUGUAUGAAACCGGACCACUGGCUGCACUUAUAAUUGGGAGUGACCUGUUCCACUAUGAAAAAGGCAUUAUGACCCCUGAUUUGUGCACUCAUGGGGGUGUGGUAUACGUUUGUCACGUGUUGAUCGUUGGCUACGGGAUAGAAAACGGCACAAAGUAUUGGACUUGCAAGAAUUCCUGGGGCUCGAAAUGGGGGGAACAUGGUUACUUCCGCAUAAAAAGAGGAGGAGGGGCGUGUAUGUUAGGGCAAUGGUACACUGCUACCUGCACCGUUACAUAG